CGCUUUCGCUCCUUUCCGGCGGUGACGACCUCCUUACGAGAACAUGCCUCUCGCAAAGGAUCUCCUUCAUCCCUCUCCAGAGGAGGAAAAGAGGAAACACAAGAAAAAGCGCCUGGUGCAGAGCCCCAAUUCCUACUUUAUGGAUGUGAAGUGCCCAGGAUGCUAUAAAAUCACCACGGUCUUUAGCCAUGCACAGACGGUAGUCUUGUGUGUCGGUUGCUCCACUGUCCUCUGUCAGCCUACAGGCGGGAAAGCAAGACUGACAGAAGGAUGCUCCUUCAGGAGGAAGCAGCACUGAAAAGCAAACACCUGAUUCGAGAUGAGUGGGAGCCAUCCCAAUAAACACAUUUUGGAUAUAUA